AUGCAAGCGGCGCAUGAUGGCUUUCUGCAUGCUAUCCACAGCCUGAAGCUUGACCGUGCCUACACACCUGGAACAACCGGUAUUGUCUCCUCCGCAGGCGGAACAUAUCUACCUACUUUCCUAGUAUCUCUGCUGUUACUACGGCGAACUGGUUCGACGCUGCCAGUGGAGCUGUUUAUGAAGGAUCGGACGGAGUAUGAGGCCUCGAUUUGCGAGACCGUUUUACCCCCAUUGGGCGUGAAAUGCUUGGUCCUCUCAGAUAUUCUUGCUGGUCAGGACAAUCUGCAGAGUAUGGAGAAGAUCGAGGACUUUCAGAUUAAGUCGUUCGCGAUGCUAUUCUCCUCGUUUGAGAGCUUCCUGUGGCUGGACGCGGACUGUGUCCCUCUGUAUGAUCCCGCUGUAAUCCUCGACUCUGAACCUUUCGAAUCCACCGGCCUUGUUACAUGGCCGGAUUUCUGGGCUAAUUCGGCUGCGCCGGUAUACUUUAACAUUUCUCGACAACCCGAGCCUCUCUCCACUACGCGGCAGGCUACCGAAGCUGGAAUCCUUGCUGUUUCGAAAAAGACUUAUUUUCCCACGUUGCUGCUCGCUGCCUAUUACAACUAUUAUGGACCGGAUUAUUAUUACAUACUUCUUGAUCAGGGUGCGCCCGGUGCGGGCGAUAAAGACACCUUCCUUCAUGCUGCAACUGCCCUUAACGAGACCUUCUACUCUGUUAGUGAGAAGCCGGUGGAUGUUGGAAAUGUCGCACCCUGGAAUGCAAAGGUCGCAAUCAAUGCUGGAUAUAUCCAAGCGGAUCCCAUUCAGGAUUAUAACCUGACGAGCCAACAGAAAUGGAGAGUCAAGGAUCCUUCAGUUGCCAAGCCACCCCGGGCCUUCUUCGUUCAUGCUGGAGACCCGGAAUUUAAUCCAGGCAAUGACCUGCUGGGCCAAAAGUUAGUAGAUUCCGACGGCAAACCUACUAGACUCUGGACUCAUCCCCCCGAGGCAAUGGAACGUCUAGGAUAUGACGCCGAGAGGGCGUUCUGGGAAGCGACUGUAUCGGUGGCGUGCGAUAUACGGCCAGCCUUUGAAUCCUGGAAGUCCAAGAGUGGACUUUGUGAGCAGGUGAAGGAGCAUUGGGAAGCUGUUUUUGAGAACCCAGAUGUAAAAGUUCCGGUGUUUGCAGGUAGCUAA